AUGGCCUCACAUGUCGAGAUCGUCAUGAAUCCUUGGGAAGCCCAAGCCUUGGAUUACCAUUUUCGAGCCGAAACAUUGCCUCCUACACAAGGGAAGCCAUCCAGUGUUUCUAGAAGUCCUUGGAAGACCAUGCCAGAACCCGUUUUCUAUCCCGGCCUGUAUUCGGCAACGGGCUUUGAUAUUAUGGGCGUAUUGGUAGGCAUUCUUUUCGAAGAUAUCCUGUCCAAGUGGUUACUAACUCAGCCUAAGAUGAGUCUUAGGAAUCGACCAAACCCACAAAUCGAAAUCGAGAAACUCGACUGCUCCGUAGCUCUUGUGCUCUGUGACCUUGAGCAGCCUGACAACCCCAUAGUGUACGCAUCGGAUGCAUUCUGUGACCUCACCGGUUAUUCACAGGCAGAGGUUCUCGGCCAAAAUUGCCGAUUCCUUCAAAAGCCGCAUCCUAGCUCAUGGGGCGAGUCUAAGAGCAAGCCCAAGCACGACAAGCCGGCAGCCUCAAAAAUGCGGCACGCACUUCAAGCUGGACGGGAGAUCCAGCUACAAGUCUUAAACUAUCGAAAAGAUGGUCACCAAUUUAACAAUCUCGUCAGUAUUAUACCCGUGGCGUUAAAUGGUUCUGGCUACCGCUAUGCCGUUGGGCUGCUCGGUGAAGUUUCAUAG